GAUGAUGUGAGUCUGCAAGUGUUUAUGGAACAUCUGAAGAAACUUUCAGUAGCGGGCACUUCCUAAAUCAUAAAAGACCAUGACUCAGUGCCCAAUCACAUGAAUACAGCCACUGAAUUAUCCCCAACCAAAAAAUAGUCAACUCUACCCAUAUGAAAAAAGGAUAGCCUAAAAAGAAAAAGGAAUCUGCAGCAGUUUUUUAUUUUUAUUUCUGUUUCCUUUUUUUUCUUCUCUUCCCUGAAAUUUAUUUCUUCUUAUUUUUUAUCCUCUUCCCCUUUUUUGUUUGCUUUUACAGUUUAAGUUCUUGCUGUUAUACAGAAAAUAAAGGCUAGACGAAAACACGAAAAAAUUAUAUAUAUACGAUGACAAUCAAGGAAGAAGAAGUACUCGUUUCUAUUAUCGAUCAUGUUGCUACAGUGACACUGAACCGACCACGCAAGGGGAAUGCUCUGACAGCAUCGAUGAAUGAAAAAUUAUUGACGAUCCUGCCUCAGCUUGCCGAGGAUCCUCAAGUUCGUGUGCUUGUACUUACGGGUGCCGGCAAAUAUUUCUGUUCUGGUAUGGAUUUGUCGGCUUCCGGAGGCGGCAUGGAUCCUGAAGCCAUUCGAUCCGGGUUUCAAAAAGGCCUACAAGUGUUUGACGCAUUUCACCGAUUUCCCAAGCCAGUGAUUGCACGCGUGAACGGACCAGCUUUAGGUGGAGGCGUGGGAUUGGUGUUCACAACGGAUAUUCGCGUCGCAGUGAGCGACAGUUAUUUUGCAUUAACUGAAGUUAAGAGGGGCAUUAUUCCUGCGAUUAUCUCACAAUACAUCGUGCCUGAGUUGGGUAUCCAAAAGACGAGAGAAUACAUGUUGACGGGACGACGAGUACCAGCGACGGAAGCGACGUUUUUAAGCAAGCGUUGCAACACUGUCAGCGAACUGGAUGAAGGAGUACGAGAUUACGUAACCAUGCUCAUGGAGUCGGCACCUGGUGCUAUGGCGAAUAUUAAAACCCUCAUUGAUGGCAUAGCGACAGGAGCAGAUGGUGAUCGUGAUGCGCGUGUCAAGAACCAUGUGCAAAAUGCGUAUCUGGAAAUGAUGCAAUCGGAAGAAGCCGCUUACGGUAUCAUGUCAUUUUUAAGCAAGAAAAAACCGGAUUGGACCGCUUUUCUGGCAGAUAAAGCCAAGUUGUAAUGAAUGUGAAAAAGACCCAAUAAAAACAGAUGUGAGUGCAUGCACCGAGUAUGCUCGACCCAUUGACCAUUCGUGGGACUUUUUUUUUUCUUUUGGUUCACCGGUUACACAACGUUCCUUUUACAUUGUGAGUG